UUAAUACGGAAGCUCGCUUGGAUAACAGGAGCUGAAACGCAAAGGGGGAAGGAGCAGCAGGAGGGCGGCCAUGGCUGGACAAUGACUGACGUGGAAAGUGUCAGGAGUGAGUAAAGAAAAACUUCGGGAGCAAAAAAGUCUGGAGUGCAAAGUCAAUCUCUUCUCUGUACGCUGCUGUCGGUUUCACUGGACGCUGCACAAUGAGUCUGGAUAAAGCAAAGCUGUGUGACUCCCUGUUAACCUGGUUGCAGACAUUCCAGGUGCCAUCAUGCAACAGCAAGCACGACCUAACAAGCGGACUGGCCAUUGCACAUGUUCUACACAGAAUAGACCCCUCUUGGUUUAAUGAGACAUGGCUAGGCAGGAUCAAGGAGGAGAGCGGGGCCAACUGGCGCCUCAAGGUCAGCAACUUGAAAAAGAUUCUCAAGAGCAUGCUGGAAUAUUAUCACGAUGUACUCGGUCACCAGGUGUCAGAUGAGCACUUGCCAGAUGUGAACCUUAUAGGAGAGUUGGGAGAUGUCACUGAGCUGGGGAAGCUGGUACAGCUCGUGUUGGGUUGUGCUGUCAGUUGUGAGAAGAAACAAGAGCAAAUCCGGCAGAUAAUGACACUUGAGGAAUCUGUCCAGCACGUCGUGAUGACAGCCAUUCAGGAGCUCUUAUCAAAGGAGCCUUCAUCUGAACCGGGAAGCCCAGAGACCUAUGGGGACUUUGAUUACCAGUCCAGGAAGUAUUAUUUUCUCAGUGAGGAAGCAGGCGAGAAAGAGGACCUGAGCCAGCGCUGCCGAGACCUGGAACAUCAGCUGUCGGUGGCUCUGGAGGAGAAGUCCUCCUUACAGGCAGAGACUCGCUCCCUGAAGGAGAAGCUGAGCCGCUUCGACUUUCAAGACGCCUCCACCACUGCCAUCACCGGCAAGAAGCUGCUGCUGCUUCAAAGUCAGAUGGAGCAGCUACAGGAGGAGAACUACAGACUGGAGAACAGCAGAGAUGACAUGCGUGUGCGGGGAGAGAUACUGGAGCGUGAGGUGACCGAGCUGCAGCUACGUAAUGAGGAGCUGACCAGCCUGGCGCAGGAGGCCCAGGCUCUCAAAGACGAGAUGGACAUUCUCAGGCACUCGUCUGACCGGGUGAACCAGCUUGAAGCUCUGGUGGAGACAUACAAGAGGAAGCUGGAGGAUCUGGGCGACCUGCGCAGACAGGUGCGCCUCCUGGAGGAGCGCAACACGGUGUACAUGCAGCGCACCUGCGAGCUGGAAGAGGAGCUCCGUAGGGCCAACGCUGUCCGCAGUCAGCUGGACACCUACAAGAGACAGGCUCAUGAGCUUCACACCAAGCACUCGGCAGAGGCCAUGAAAGCUGAGAAAUGGCAGUUUGAGUACAAGAACCUUCACGACAAGUAUGACGCACUGCUGAAGGAAAAAGAACGUCUGAUCUCUGAAAGAGACACGCUUCGGGAGACAAACGACGAGCUGAGGUGUGCACAAGUCCAACAGAGGUGUCUCAGUGGAGCAGGAGGCUUGUGUGACAAUGAUGCCACAGUGGGAAACCUGGCUGCAGAGAUCAUGCCUACUGAGCUCAAGGAGACGGUGGUGCGUCUACAGAGUGAAAACAAGAUGUUGUGUGUCCAGGAGGAGACCUACAGGCAGAAGGUGGUGGAGGUACAGGCGGAGCUGGAGGAUGCGCAGCGCAGCAAAAACGCCCUGGAAACUCAGAACAGGUUGAACCAGCAGCAGAUCUCAGAGCUGCGUUCUCAGGUGGAGGAGCUACAGAAAGCACUCCAGGAGCAAGACAGCAAGACGGAGGAUGCCAUCUCCUCCUUAUUGAAGAAAAAGCUUGAGGAGCAUUUGGAGAAGCUCCAUGAAGCUCACUCAGAUCUCCAAAAGAAAAGAGAGGUCAUUGAUGACCUCGAGCCCAAAGUGGACAGCAACAUGGCGAAGAAGAUCGAUGAACUCCAGGAGAUCCUGCGCAAGAAGGAUGAGGACAUGAAGCAGAUGGAGGAGCGGUACAAACGCUACGUGGAGAAGGCAAGAACGGUGAUCAAAACCCUCGAUCCCAAGCAGCCAGUAACGGCGAGUCCUGAAAUUCAGGCGCUGAAGAAUCAGCUGACAGAAAAGGAGAGAAAAAUCCAGCACCUGGAGCAUGACUACGAGAAGAGCAGAGCCAGACAUGACCAGGAGGAGAAACUCAUCAUCUCUGCAUGGUACAACAUGGGGAUGGCGUUACAUCAGAAGGUUUCUGGCGAGCGGGUAGGUCCCUCCAACCAGGCCAUGUCCUUCCUGGCCCAGCAGAGGCAGUCCACCAACGCCAAGAGAGGCCUAACACGACACCACCCGAGAUAAAACCUCCAGCCAGUCGAACAAACAUGAAAGGAAGCACAGAGACGAUGAGGCGAUCUACAGUAGACUUCUUCAUCCGAACUCCCUGCACCUUUUUUGCCUUUAUGCCUUCUGUACUGGAUCGCUGCACCUCAGAGUAUUCCUCAUGCUGCUACUGCCCCCUGCUGGCUCUUAAUGGUACGAGAAUGUUUCUUUUCCCUGUGGAGCCCCAGAGGAGAGAUUUGACUGUGUUAAACUCUGCUGCUGAUUCAGAGUCAACCCAUGAAAAACAGAAACGAUAAGAGUAGAAGGAGCUGUAAGGCCUGAAGAGAGGCUGUUUCACCUUUUAAGGUGACUUUUAAUUCCUCUGUAGCCUCUUGGACUCUGUCCUGUUUGUUUAAGGUCUGUUUUGUAGCUUCUUUUUAAAAAUCUUUUAUCUUAUACAGUAGGAUAGAAUGUGGAGUAGAUUUGUCAAGUUACAGUUAGAGGAGUCAUGAGGGGUAUACAACUGCUACAGAGGUGCUAAUGAAGCCCUAAAGCUAUACAGGAAACAGACUUUCACACUGAGCUGUUAGCAUAUAUCCUUGAUUUUGUUCAUUUGUUUUGAAUGUUGCAUUUUUUUCCUUUUUUUGUCCUGUUGAACCAUGUGUUUUUUAGGUAAGUUUGACUCUCUAAUUUUUAUUCAAAAAUAUGUAGAGACCAUGAAGUUGUGCUAACAGCUUGAAUGGGUUUCCCCCUAUGUCACUUGAAUCAUUUUCUCUAAAAUUACAAAAUUGCUGUAUAAGACACACCAAAGCACUUUCGUAGAAGGGUGGGUUUGUUUGGUGCCUCACAGAAUACUAGAAAUACUCCCUCUAUUAAUGACACUGAAGUUUGACAUGUUCAGUGUCGACCCCUUCUCUCUGUCUCAUUUGACACAAAUAGAUUUUACUUAAAGACACACUGCAGGCUCAUGAUCAUGUGACUUCUGCGUAUAAUUUUUCUUGACAUGUUCUCAUUUGUUGCCUGUGAAUUUGCUUAUCACUUUACAAUUAUUUUUCUUCUUCUUCUUCUUCCCAAAGAUUAAACAGGGUGUUGGUUGUGGGUAGGACCUAAUUGCACUCCAACCACUUUAGACUCCAAACUGAUGUGAAUAUAGACUGGAAACUGGAAAACUAAUACACAGUAGAGUCCACAAUGAUAAGAACACUAAAAAUAAUGACUCAGCUAAUGGCUGUUUGCUGCUGCUUGAACGCAUUUACAGUUCAACUAAAUUGGAAGGAUUCGUUGUUUAGCUGGAAUUCUGCCUGUUGACAGGAAGUCGGAGGCGGGUAGAAAGGUUGAGCCUGUAAUAGACAACACAUUUAUCAACACUACGUCCGCCUUUGUUAUCUACUGGUUAGUUUUCCUCUUGAACAGAGAGAACAUUUUUGUCCAUCCCAUAGCAGAGCUGCUGUUUUGUGACCUGUACUUUGUCUCUGUGAAUGUUUGUGCUAUUGUCUACACGGACCAGGAUCCUGCUGUUGUGUGUGUGUGUGUGUGUGUGCACACAUUUUUCUACCGUUUGAGUUUCGUGAUUUGAGUUUAUGUUUAUGUUAGUUACACAUUUGCAUGGCGUGAAGGGGUUAAUUUAGGUUUUACAGUGUUUGUAUCAUACUACUGGUCUAGUAGAUUCUAGCAUAGCGAACAUCACACAGGGAUCAGAGGCAAGUUAAAUAUUUGUAGUCCUGUCUGUUCUACUUUUGCACUACAAAUAAAUGGGAUCUUAAGAUAAA